CUCCUUCCCUGAGGUCUGAUCAAAGGAGGCUGGCGGGCUGCGAUAAGGCUUUAAGAGCAGGGGCCGCCUUCAGACGAGCGGGACACAACCCCAGGGCCUCCCAGCAGCUGCUGCAAGAGAAGAUCGGUGCAAAACAAACCGAAGGUGCACCGGGUGAUGGAGAUGAGGCCCCUGGCCCUCGCUGUGACUUACCUGUGGGCGCAGACCUGGCUGAGCCCCCCCCAGGUGCGGUGCCAGGCUCCCAGGCAGCUGGGGAUGGCACCCGACUCCUUCGAUGACCAGUACAUCGGGUGCACGGAGGAAAUGGAGGCGGCUGCUCCGCGGCUGCUGCAGGAGGAAAGAGCCAGACAUGCGCUGCUGGACGGGAUGUGGACGAACCUGUCGGCUGUCUGGGCCGAGAAGAAAAAAGGGCUGCAUCUGCCUGCGGGCUUUCGGGACGUGCAUGGCAUCGCCCUCCUGGUCUACACGGACUCCGUCCAGCCGCUUUACCGGGAUCUGAAUACAGCAGUGCGAGAGGCGGGGGUGUCCCGAGACACCUACCUGCGCACCUUCCCCUUCAAGGCCCUGCACUAUUACCUGAGCAGAGCCUUGCAGCUGCUGCGGGAGGACUGCGGGCGCAUGUACCGCAACCAGCUCUACCGGGGAGGUGGCUCCCGGCACGUCGAGGUCCAGGGGAAAGGCCCGGUCCGGUUUGGACAGUUCACCUCCUCGUCCCUGGAUGCCUCCGUCUCGCAGGGCUACAAGAGCGCCACGUUCUUCAUGCUGCGCUCCUGCUUCGGGGCCCACAUCGAGAACUUUUCCUUCUUGGGCUUUGAGAAGGAGGUGCUGAUCCCUCCCGGCGAGGUGUUCGCCGUGUCCAACGUCACCCGGCAGGGAAACAGCAGCGUCAUUGUGCUGCACAGCACCAACCGCACCUGCAGCCACUUCAACUGCGCCUACCUGGGCGGAGAGAAGAACCACGUCUGCGUGGAGAACUCUGCCGCCCGUGAAGGUGGAUGGCACAGACGGGCACCCCACCGCGCCCGAAGAACCAGAGCCACCGUCCCCUGGGCCUCAAAGGAGUGGAGGACGGUGCUUGGGCAUGGCCAGCCAGUGAAGCUCAUCCCUGGGGAGGAAGAGAUGAUUCUCCCCACGCGCAGACCAGCAACGUAACCGUGGGGCUCAGACCCCAGCUGGACCAUGGGGCACGGGCACCGCUUCUCUGAUAAAGAUGCCUUGUGCCCCAGCCAGGCCAUGCAGGGCUGCAAUGCCCCAUGCGCAGAAACUGGCCUCACCUUGCUGCCUCGGGCUGCGGUAGCAAUGGGCACUGUCGACCAAAGCAUGAUGCUGUCACCCACGGUGGGUUAAUAAAGCCAUUUGGAGGCCCU